AUAAAUAGAACGUCGUCGAUUCUGGAAGAUCCCAAGUGGAGGUUAGACGAGGAGCGCAUUUCCGUAUCGGGAAAUCCGCUCGCCAACGCGAAUUAACGCGUCUUGUCUCGUGUCUUGGGGGACGCAUUUCGAGGGGUGCACUCGUCUGCUUCGAUUUGUUCCUGAACUGGCAGCUCAACGUAAUAAGGAAGUCAACCCGCGAAAUGGAGGGAGCGGUCGUGAGGUUAAUCGUGAAGGCACCUAAUCAGCAGAUCGAAGACCAAGUGGUCAAGUGCGAUGCUGCCUGGACCGUGGCCAGACUUAAGGAUUACCUUUCCGAGGUCUACCCGAGCAGACCAAAAAUUUCCGAUCAAAAAUUGAUCUACUCUGGCCAAUUAUUAAACGAUACAACGUGCUUGAAAGAUGUUCUUCGUCAGUAUGACACAACGGAGGAGCAGUCAUUCACCAUGCAUUUAAUCUGUGCAUCCCACAACUCUUGUACGGAAAGGUUGAGAAACGAAGACAGUUCACCAAGCUUAAAAAUGAGUGCCUCCGAGACUGUUGCUAACGACACAAGGCAGGAGAGAUUUCAAAGUCAUGCUGUAAACUCCAGUGGAACAGAAUCGUCUCCUUCAAUGUCACCGCAAUUUUAUGGGCAACUUAAUGGUCAACAAAUAGCUUGGAUGCAAGAAGCCUAUACACGUUACCUAACGCAGUACAUGCAGUAUAUGACUGCGCAAGGAAUUCAGCUGCAGGGCAGCGUACCUUACAUCCAACCAACCAAUGCCAAUCCUACCGAAGCAGGUCGUGUCACUCCGUUGAAUAACAACAACGUUGACAAUGAACAACAGCCUCGAUUAGCAGCUCAAGAUGCAGUUGAAGCUAAUCCGAUAAACAACAAUCUUGGAGGAGACGAUCUAGUUAUAGGGCUACACCGCGAUUGGCUCGACUUCUUCUACGUGCUCUCCAGAAUCGUUAUUCUCUUCAGCAUAGUCUUCUUCUACUCGUCUCCUCUAAGAUUUCUAAUAGUCACCUUUCUUGGCUUCGCCAUUUACUUGUACCAGGGUGGUUUCUUCCGGGUACAGCCGAUCUUGCUGGACAAUAACGGCCGAGUGGAGAACAACAAUCAAGUGUUACAGAACGAGGCACAGGUGAUGCCUCAACAGCAGCAGGCCGCACCUGCAGGCAUGCAGGCGGAGGCGAGGACAAACGGGAACAACGACAACGAGGAGGAGAGGCCAGGUCCCCUGGCCUUCACGUGGACCUUCUUCAGGUCGUUCUUCACCUCGCUGUUCCCGGACCAACCGAACGUCAUUUAAUCCUGCCAGAAAUCCGCCGCACCUGUGCAAGCACCUCUUCGUUCCCCUCUAAUAUUUCCGUUGUUCAUCCGACGAUUCGGCGGUUCGAGAGGCAACUCUGGUGAUCCAGGCCAAGAGUGCAAAUCCCGGGCGAGUUUCGACGACAGUCCACAAGCUGAAGGACUGUUCAAGCCGAGUUUUGGAGGAUUUUCAAGAAUAACCGUCGAGAACGGAAAACGGUGAACCAGGGAGUCACCCGAGAGCCGUCCUGGCGAGUCCUUAAAUUGUUAGACUAUCUGAAAAACCGAUAACAUAGGGGAGAGAUCCCGGACGUUCGAAUGUUUGAAAAAAUCCUGGGCUAUUUGGAAAGCUCAUGUCGACGGUUCAAAUUGGGCCUAGCUCUUGGAAGGGGAUCGCUCGAGCUGUUCCGCAGACUCGAAAUGGCUGACCAUUCAAAGACUUCUCAAGUUUAAGGUGAUGUCAAAAGGGCGCCAAAGAGGUUUGGUUUAUAAAACAUUUCUCUCCAUUCGGUUUACCGAAUAGUUGGAAACUUUACAGCGUGAAUAGGGAGACUAUAAGGAAAGUCCUGAAACUCGUGAAAUUUCAAUUCUUUUCAAAUUUG